UUCCAAAUUCUCCACCCCCCUUUGCCUUGCUUUCGCCACCUCUCUCUCCUCCCUCCAUCAAUUUCCCAACGCCAUCGUGCACAUCGCCGGGCACGACAAACACACCCAGCUCCUCCAAAUCCAAAUCCGAGCAAAGACAAACCCGGAGCCGCGCUCGCCUCAAAUCAAAUGCGCCGGCCACGCGCCGCCGCAUGCCGCCGAUGAGCCCCGCCGUGACGGACGCCGGCGGCGACCUCUUCGCCGCCAACCUCAAGGGCGCGCUCCUCGCCGUCGCCUCCUCCGCCUUCGUCGGGGUCAGCUUCAUCGUCAAGAAGAAGGGCCUCCGCCGCGCCGGCUCCACCGGCUCCCGAGCAGGUGUCGGAGGGUAUGGGUACCUCGUGGAGCCGCUCUGGUGGGUCGGGAUGGUCACCAUGCUCGUUGGGGAGAUAGCCAACUUCGUGGCUUACAUGUUUGCGCCAGCCGUCCUCGUCGCUCCGCUGGGCGCACUCAGCAUUAUUGUCAGUGCCGUUCUAGCCCAUUUCAUGUUGAACGAGAAGUUGCAGCGGGUGGGCGUCCUGGGCUGCGUUCUCUGUAUUGUUGGGUCAACGGUGAUCAUCCUCCAUGCUCCCCAGGAGAGGACCCCAAGCUCGGUGGAGCAGAUUUGGCACUUGGCAACACAACCUACCUUCCUUUGCUAUGCUGCUUUGGCAGUAGCUGUGUCGUUGCUUCUUAUGCUAUAUUGCGCUCCACGGUAUGGGCAGACGAAUAUAAUGGUGUACGUUGGUAUUUGCUCAGCUAUUGGAUCCCUGACGGUAAUGAGCAUCAAGGCUGUGGGCAUUGCCGUUAAACUUACCAUUCAGGGAAUAAACCAGGCGGGGUAUUUCCAGACAUGGCUGUUUGUAACGGUUUCAGCAACAUGCUUAGUCAUUCAGUUGAUUUACCUGAACAAGGCAUUGGAUACUUUCAAUACAGCACUUGUCUCUCCCAUUUAUUAUGCCAUGUUCACAACCCUCACUAUUUUAGCAAGUGCCAUAAUGUUCAAGGACUGGUCUGGGCAGAGUGCAAGCAUUAUUGCCUCCGAGAUUUGUGGCUUUCUUACAGUUCUUGCUGGUACCGUGGUGCUACAUUCUACUAGAGAACCCGAUCAAACUCUAUCUGGAGACCUUUACACGCCUCUCCCUCCGACAAUAUAUUGGCACAUCCAAGGAAAUGGCGAUAUAGGGAAACAAAAAGAGGAUGACUCGCUUCCCUGUGACUUUAUCACCGUCGUGCGCCAAGACUACUUUGUCUAGGAAUUUUUCAGAUUUGCUAUUUCCUAGACCUUCAUGUGGAGAUUGGAGACUGAAGCCUGCUGUCCACAUAUUCCCCUCAAGACCAUCUUGAUGCCAACACCCAACGAGUCAUGAAAUUUUGCAGAAAUCAUUCGUGAUCAACCAGUUAUAUCUGAGCUAAAGGCCACACGGUUACUUCUGGACUCUAGCGUCAUAUCGCUGUGGAGAUGUUGUAGGAGGUUCGUCGGUUAUGUAGAUCCUUUUUCUGCCGCAUGUGAAUAUCAAGCACACAAGGCUUGCUUUAUUGGUGUGACAUCUUGUUCCUUGAGUGCAAGUCGAUGCAUUUGAGGUUUACAUUGUACAGUCCAUCGUGUGUAUCUGUCUGUCAGAAGUAGAACUUGUUCAUUUCACCUAGGUGGUCA